AAUAAAACACGAGGAAUCAGAAGCUUUGAAAAUAAAACACGAGGAACCAGAACCCUGGAGAAUAAAACACGAGGAACCAGAACCCUUGAGAAUAAAACACGAGGAAUCAGGAACUUUGAGAAUAAAACACGAGGAACCAGAAGCUUUGAAAAUAAAACACGAGGAACCAGAACCCUGGAGAAUAAAACACGAGGAACCAGAACCCUUGAGAAUAAAACAUGAGGAACGACAACCCUUGAGAAUAAAACACAAGGAACCAGAAGCUUUGAGAAUAAAACACGAGGAACCAGAAGCUUUGAGAAUAAAACACGAGGAACAAGGAGAGUUUACUGAAGAAAGCGAGGAGAAUGAAGAAUUGAGUGAAGUUGAGGAACAAAAUCACGUCAAAACUGCAGAAAAACCUUCGAGUUGUUCUCAAACCAAACAGAAAAAUGUAAAGAAAAAGAGAACGGAUAAAUCUAUCAUCUGCACUCAGUGUGGAAUGGGUUUCACAUACAAAUACAGUCUUGAUGUUCACAUGAGAGUUCACACCGGAGAGAAACCUUUCACUUGUGAUCAGUGCGGGAAGCGUUUCACACAAUCAUCAAACCUUAGAGAGCACAGGAACAUCCACACUAGAGAGAAGCUGUACACAUGUGAUCAAUGCAGGAAAACAUUUUUGAGAGCUUCAGACCUGAAGAAACACCUGAGAGUUCAUACGAAGGAGAAGCCACAUUCAUGUCAUUUGUGUGGAAAGAGAUUUUCACGUCUAGAACAUUUGAAAAAUCAUCAGAAAAUACAUUCUGGUGUGAGAGAUUACAUGUGCUUUGAGUGUAAGAAGACUUUUAAAUCUGAACAGUGUUUAAAACGGCACCAGAUUAUUCACACUGGAGAGAAACCUCACAAGUGUUCACACUGUGACAAGAGAUUCAGUCGGUCAGGAGACCUGAGACGACACGAGAGAAAUCACACUGGAGAGAAAACCGUGCAAGUGUUCACACUGUGACAAGAGAUUCAGUCGGUCGACACAUUUGACAUGUAACGUUUGUAGUUUACUUACUCUUUCAUGAAGGAGAGUAGCUUUCUACAAACUGUUCUUAUUCAGGAAGCUGAGGAAGAGACUGUAACACUUUUGAGAGACAAGAUUUAUUUUUAAUUUGUUCUUCAUUGUUGUUUUUUAAAGUACUAGUUCUAAUUCUUCGAUGAUGUGUUUAGAAAACAGAUACAGGAUAUAUUGUCAUGUAGCUUUGUAACUGAUUGAUCUGUGCUUCUCUUGUAAGUAGGGAUGGUACCUGAACCUGGUAUUAAACAAGCCCUGGGGCUGAUUUACGAUAAAACCGUAGUAUCUGACGCUAUCAGUUCUGCUUUUCAGCACCAGAGAAACUAAGAAAAUACACUUCAAAUUUACUAUUGGUACAUAAACGUUUUCAAGCUAAUUGCAUUUUGUCAACCGUUUCUAUAUGCGAUAAUAUCAAGACAUUCAUUUAAGAUCUCUUGCGUUUUCAGUCUGAGAGAUUCAUCUAAUUUCAUUUUCAAAUUUGAGUUUGGCUUCCAAGAAUUAUGAAAACGAUGGGCCUCAUUCAUGAAACACGAGCAGAACGAACUUUUGUGUAAAUCAUUCGUAAAGCCGUUCUGACGUAAACUUUUGAAUUCAUGAAAAUGUUCGUAUUUUCAAAACGCUAGUAGUAUGAAAGAAAUGUACACCUGCUUCCUACCACGUGUAAAUGGUGUGUAAAAUGUUCUGUUCUCUUUCUGGCAAACUGAUGACACUGAAUUUUGAUCCACUGCCAUUAUAAUAUUUUACAAGUUCGUUUGCUCUUUUUUUUUUUUUGUAGCUGAGAGUUGCUAAACUGUUUGUUUAGCUUUGGGUAGAACGCAGCGCUUGUCACUGUCACUUUUUACUCAGCCGUCCAAUCAAUGGAGAAGGGGUGGGACAAAUACUACACCAACCAAUCAUCCUACUUCUACAACAACUGAACAACAAUAGAGAAAUUAAUAUUGCUGGUUACUGCAUUUUUAUCAUAGCAACCAAAGCGUCUCAGCUGGCCAUUUUCAGAAGAGCGCCUGACAUUUUUCAGCUGGCUAAAAACGCUUUGGUGGACAUGCGUUAUUGAAUAUUUAUUGUUAGCCAUAUGGCCUAUUAGUCUUUAUUUUGCAUUUAAGCAAUAUACUAGAGCCAAACCUUAGAAAGUAGACCAGCUGUAAUACAUAGGCGGGGAUUAUGCUAAUUGUGAAUCAUACCAAUGAUUGGAGUUCCUUAACCUACAAUGUUGGAGGUAACGCCAGUUACUUUUUUCCCAUUUAUUGACUGACAGUGCGCUGUGUGAACAUGAUGUUACUGUAGUUCUAGACUAAAUGUGAAUGUGCAUUAAUUCAUCCCACUCGCAAAAAACUGAUUUAAUAUUCAUCAAAAUGAAUUAAAACCGUGAAAUGCAAACUCAGAAUAUGACACAAACCUGCAAUAAUUAAAUGUUAAACAACACGAAUGUAUCUAAUCUCAUUUUAUUAACCAAUGUCUUUACUGCUGACCUUUGAUGAUCCAGUUCAACCAUACUAAUAAGCAAAAAUGACUUUAGAUAAACUAACAAUUGUGCUUCAUUGUUUUUUUAUUGCUGAAGAGUGUUGAACCUUCUUCUCCUGCGUUCUACUGUACAGACGUGAAUUUACUUUUCCUUCAGCCUGAGGUUUAUUCAUUACACUUUUUGGUGUGAAAGGGCUUUUACAUUUGCUUUAAAUAGAACUUCUUGUAUUAAAAACAAUCAAGCCCUGCUCACAUUUAAAAAGUAAUGCAAAAGUAAUGUAACGCAUUACUUUCCAUAAAAAGUAGCUAAGUAACGUAAUUAGUUAAUUUUUUAGGGAAUAACGCAAUAUUGUUAUGUUGCGGCACCCAGGGAGCAGUUCCUUGCUCAAGAGCACCUCAGUCGUGGUAUUGAGGGUGGAGAGAGCGCUGUACAUUCACUCCCCCCACCUACAAUUCCUUCCGGCCCAAGACUCGAACUCGCAACCUUUGGAUUACGGGUCCAACUCUCUAACCAUUAGGAAGUGGGAUCCCAGAAGUGGGAUUUAUUUACCCGAGGUUAUGAAACCCUGCUCUGGAGUACGGUUAGCACCGCAUUUGUGGUGUUAACCCCGCAUUGUGGUGCUAAGUUUGUUCAGUGUGAAACGGAGCGGUGCUUGCUUGUGCUGCUGGACACUUGGUAACAGACAGCCAAUCAGAAAUUGAGCAGCGAGGCUCGUGCCACGUCAGUAACAGGAAACGCGUGUCCUGUAAACAGCAGCUGGUGAGAGAAAAGUAAGAAAUGUCAAAAGAUGGAAAGCAUGUGAACUGGAGUGAUAAAGAGACGGUGUUAUUCACUUAAAAUAAAUUCCAAGAAAUAUUCA